CUUGCCACUUCCUUCUCCUCCACUUUCUCUACAUUUCACUGUUCAUAAAACGAAAGAGAAGACGAGCAAUUUAAUUAAUUAACCUUAACCAUGUCGAGCAAGCUCAGGAAGGCGAUAGGGGCAGUGAAAGACCAGACGAGCCUCGGCAUUGCCCUGGUAGCCAAAAACAACUCCUCAAACCUGGACAUUGCAGUGCUCAAGGCCACAACCCAUGACGCAAUCCCAGUAGAUGAAAAAUACCUGAUCGAGAUUCUCCAACUCACUUCCUCUUCCAAGCACUACGCUGCUGCCUGUGCCCAGGCCAUCGCCAAGCGCAUCGGCCGAACCAGGAAAUGGAUAGUGGCACUCAAGUCGCUAAUGCUCGUCCUCCGUAUCUUCCAAGAUGGAGACCCUCACUUCCCACGUGAAGUCCUUCUCGCCAUGAAACGAGGCGCCAAGAUCCUCAACCUUUCCAGCUUCCGCGACGACUCCAACUCAAGCCCAUGGGACUACACCGCCUAUGUUCGCACCUUUGCCCUCUAUCUGGACAAGCGUCUCGAGGGUUUCCUCACGGGCAAACUCCAGCGCAGGGCUGUCUAUAAGGAACAGCAAAACAAACGCAGCAAUGAUCGCAGGAACGAGUCCGUCUGCGACAUGAAACCCCCAGUUUUGCUGGACCGCAUCUCCCACUGGCAGUGCCUUCUCGAUCGGGCCAUCGCUACAAGACCCACCGGUGCCGCCAAAUCUAACCGUCUGGUACAGAUUUCUCUUUAUGCCAUCGUCAGGGAGAGCUUCGAUCUCUACCGCGACAUCUCCGAUGGUCUCGCCCUUCUCCUCGAUAGCUUCUUUCACCUCCAGUAUAAAUCCUGCUCCGCCGCGUUUGAGGCCUGCAUUAAAGCGUCGAAGCAAUUCGACGAGCUAUGUGGGUUUUACACAUUGUGCAAGAACAUCGGUGUGGGACGCAGCUCGGAGUACCCGAGUGUUAAUAAGAUCUCCGAUGAACUCAUUGAUACGCUGAGGGAGUUCCUCAAAGAUCAGGCAUCUUUCCCUUCUGGGAAUCUGCAUAGGCCACCGCUCCAGCCUGCCGCCUACUUGCUUCUCCCUGCGCCAUCACCACCACCACCUGAUUGUUGUGCAUCCACUUCUGGACGGCUCGAGCAUUGUGAGCAGCAAUCCGAUGAGGGAUCCGAUCUUUACGAUCGACGCGCCUCGCUAGAGGAUCUGAUGAGCGUGAUGGACGCUGGAACAAGCCCAUCCAUCUCUACCGAUUUCGACCAAUUUGAGAAACAAUCACAAAUUGAAGAUUUCGCACGUUUGAAUAUGAAUCCUAAUGAAGCUGGGACGGCUUUAAGGGAGAUGGACCUAGUGAUAUUCAGCGAUGAUGAUCAACAACCAUCGGUGUCUGCAGAAACUGAAGACGUGGGAAGCGAAGGAAGAGAAGGGUGGGAGCUCGUUCUGGCGGAGACGGCGAGCGACAUAUCAUCGUCUUCCCAAGUAGUUUCUGGCUUCGAACCCUCGUUCCUGAAUAGCCUUUACAAUCAAGUCCCAGUAGAGCUUCAACAACACAUGUCAUCGUCUUCCCAAGCAGGUUCUGGCUUCGAACCAUCGUUCCUGGGUAGCCUUUACAAUGAGGUUCAGGCCCCAGUACUCCAGCUCCAACAACCCAUCUACAAUCCAUUCCUCCAGGACACCAGUGAGAUCGAUUUGACAUCCACAACUGCCCAUCCACAAGCAGCCAUCGUCCCUGUCGUCGUCUCUACUGACGCCUUUUCUUCGAGCCCCACGUUUGAGGCAACCCCGACUUUCUGUGCUCAGAACUCCAACGACGCCAUGGCACCCAAGUGGCCUCUAGAAGAUGACCCUUUCGCACCCUUUCCUUCUCAAAUUGAUCCAAUCUUGGAUAGUUCCACCAAUCAACAACAGCACCUGCAACGUGAACAGCAAUUGUGGUUACAAAACCAAAACGAAAUUAUAGCUAGGCAUGUAAAUAUUACUUGAUUUUUCCCCCUAAAACCCCCCAAUCUUAAUUCAUAACAGAAUACAUGCAAAGAAAAUGGAAAUUCUCUCUAGCCUU